AUGCCUCAAUGCACAUGCCCUAAGGGGCAGGAGAAAGUGCCACCAAGAAUGUGGUAUAGAAGUAAUUUUAAUAUUAUUACUGCUUCACUGGAUCUAAAGAUUUACAGGGUGGAAGCUAGUGAAAUCAGUGUAUACAACCCAAGAGAAGGUGAAGGAGUGGAGAUGGUUCAUAUAGUAAGUAAGAGACUGGCUGAGUCUAAUAAUCCGAGAGAAGGUAGAAGAAUGGAGAGGCUACAUAAAGCAAUGGAUUGGGUGUGUGCGGUAGAGAAUGUUCUCUAUGCUUGCUAUGACAGUCGUGGGUUAAUGUGGUUUGAUACCAAGGUCAAAGUUUGGAGAAGCGUGGUCAUGAGUCUUUACGCGUUGGAAGCGUGUCGCUAUGCUAAGCACGCAGUGGCGGAAUACGAAGGGAAGCUAGCAAUUUUUCAGUUAAUUAAGCAUGGCCGAGUCGAGAAUACAAAGAGUGUUAAGAUGUCAUUGUUCUCGUUCCAUAGAGUUGGAGAGAGGAUUCUUGGGAAGAUCGAGUGGUCUGGUAUUGUAGCCACAGACCCAUCUCUCAGUAGAUUUUCGCAUUGCUUAGGAAUGAUCAUAUGA